AUGAUCGAGGUGGUCUAUGCACUUGAGAAGCUCGGAACAAAGGUGAUGUGGCCACCAAAGAUGAGGUCCGACACAAGCACCAGGAAGUCUGAUGCCUUUUGUGAGUUCCACCAAGACCAUGGACACAAGAUGAAAGACUGCCACGCUCUAAAGUUAGAACUGGUGAACCUGUUGCAACAAGGACACCUUAAAGAGUUACUCAGCUACAAAGGUAGGAACACUUUAGCAAGGGGUCAAGAAUGCCCAGGCCCACCAAAUCUGCCUUCGCCCGCUUGCACAAUCAACCUAAUUAUUGGUGGCAGCAACGACGCCUCAAUCAAUGGCAUCAAGUUCACCGCCACUCAAAAACUCAAACGAUCAAUCACCCACGAACGGUAUGAUGGCCUUGAAGAGAGUAUCAUCUUCAAUGAGUUAGAUGCCGACGGUUUAACUUUGCCUCACAAUGAUGCACUUAUCAUUACUUUACGAAUCCUUGAUACUAAUGUUAGGAGAAUUAUGGUGUAUGACAGAAGCGGAGCGUGCAUCAUCCAUCCUCGAGUCCUCGCACAAAUGGGACUUGAGGAAAAGAUAGUGCCGCACUUCAUAACACUAACCGGUUUUAACAAUACAGUUGAACAAACUUCGGGCGAGAUCACACUCCCCGUCCUCACCGAUGGGGUGACGCUGGAGACCAUGUUCCACGUCAUGGAUCAGGACACGACAUAG